AUGGACGAUGAAGAACAGAACCACUAUGUCUCGCGGCUCAGGGACGUCUACAGGAGCUGCGACACCACGGGGACAGGCUUUCUGGACCGGGAGGAGCUGACCCAACUCUGCCUGAAGCUUCACCUGGAAAGGCAGCUGCCCGUCCUCCUGCAGACUCUUCUUGGAAAUGACCACUUUGCCAGGGUUAACUUUGAGGAAUUUAAGGAAGGUUUUGUGGCCGUGUUGUCCUCAGGUGCUGGUGUCUGCGCCUCUGAUGAAGAAAGUCCUUUGUCCUCGGGCGUCUCCUGUGCUGUCCCACCAAAGUACGUGAGCGGCUCUAAGUGGUACGGCCGUCGGAGUGAGCCUGAGCAGUGGGGCUCUGCCACCGAAGCCACGCACAUGCCAGAGCAGCAGGCGCAGGCCAGCCUGAGAAGCCCGCUCCGGCGUUCCGCAUCCCUGGAAAGCGUGGAGAGUCUGAAGUCAGAUGAGGAAGCCGAGGGUGCUAAAGAGCCUCAGAGGGAGUUAUUUGAAGCACAAGGCCAGCUGCAAACCUGGGGCUCCGAGGUCUUUGGGAGCCCCCGGAAGUCCUGUAGCUCCUCCUUUGACAGCCCUGAGAGCCAGGUGCGGGGCAUCUGGGAAGAGCUGGGUGUCGGCAGCAGCGGCCACCUGAACGAGCAGGAGCUGGCUGUGGUCUGCCAGAGCAUUGGUCUCCAAGGACUUGAGAAAGAGGAACUCAAAGACUUGUUUAACAAACUGGAUCAAGAUGGAGAUGGCAGAGUGAGUCUUGAGGAAUUCCAGCUUGGCCUAUUCAGUCAUGAGCCUGCUUCACUUCUGGAACCUUCCACUCUGAUCAAACCAAGCAGGCCUUGGUCUCAUUACCAGGUCCCGGAGGAGAGUGGCUGCCACACCACCACGACCUCAUCCCUCGUGUCCCUGUGCUCAGGCCUGCGCCUCUUCUCCAGCCUUGACGAUGGCACUGGCUUUGCUUUUCCUGAGCAGGUCAUCGCUGUGUGGGCCCAGGAGGGCAUUCAUAGUGGCAGGGAGAUCUUGCAGAGCCUGGACUUCAGUGUGGAUGAGAAGGUGAACCUCCUGGAUCUGACCUGGGCCCUUGACAAUGAGCUCAUGAUGGUUGAUGGUGUCAUCCAGCAGGCGGCCCUGGCCUGCUACCGCCAGGAGCUGAGCUACUGCCAGGGCCACCUGGAGCAGCUGGUGAGAGAGCGAGACAAGGCCAGGCAGGACCUGGAGCAAGCCGAGAAGAGGAACCUAGAGUUUGUGAAAGAGAUGGAUGACCGCCAGUCCACCCUGGAGCAGCUCACGGAGAAGAAAAUCAAGCACCUGGAGCGGGGGUACCAGGGCAGGCUGAGCCUCCUGCGGUCGGAGGUGGAGAUGGAGCGAGAGCUGUUCUGGGAGCAGGCCCGCAGGCAGAGAGUGGCACUGGAGCAGGAUCUGGGCCGUCUGCAGGCUGAGGAAGCUGGCCUCCGCCAGAAGCUGACCCUAGCCCUGAAGGAAAACAGUCGAUUGCAGAAGGAUAUUGUGGAAAUGGUAGAGAAGUUCUCGGAUUCAGAGAAGCUGGUCCUGAGGCUGCAGAAUGAUCUGGAGUUUGUGCUGAAGGACAGACUAGAGCCACAGAGCUCAGAACUCCUGGCCCAGGAGGAGCGGUUUGCGGCAAUUCUGAAGGAGUACGAGCUCAAGUGCCGGGAUCUGCAGGACCACAAUGAUGAGCUGCAAGCUGAGCUGGAAGGCCUGCAGGCACGGCUGCCCAAGAGUCAGCACAUCCCCUCAGGGGGUCCAGGUGGACACGGCCCAGCAGGUGUCAUUUCGUUCACGGGGGCUUCCUCACCAGUGAGUAUAGCAACGGAGAUAAUGAUGGAGCAGGUGAAGGAGCAUUGCCAAGACCUCAGGAUCCAGCUGGAGACCAAGGUAAAUUACUAUGAGAGGGAAAUCGAGGUAAUGAAAAGAAACUUUGAGAAGGAGAGAAAGGAGAUGGAGCAGACUCACAAGCUUGAGGUUGAUGUCCUGGAGGAUCAGAAAGUGGACCUGGAGAUGCUCCACGCCAAGUCCCAGGAGGUCAUCCGAGGCCUGCAGGAGCAGCUGCGGGACGCGGCCCGCUGCCCCGAGCAGUGCUGCGCCCGGGCGCUCUCGGGCCUGGCCCAGCGGCUGGAGGGGGAGCUGCACCGGCGACAUCAGGACCAGCUGCAGCAGAUCAGAGACACAGAAGUCGAGCUGAGGCAGAAGCUGUCAUGGAUGGAGGCCCUGCAGUCCUCCCACCAUGAGAGCCUGUCCCUACAGCACGAGCACGGGAAAGACAAGCUGGUGCAGGUAGAGGUGGUGAGGCAGCUGGGCCUGGAGCAGGAGCGGACAAGCAAAGAGAAGGCGCAGAUCUGCACGUCGUUGGCCUUUGAGAAGAAGUUGGAACUCACCUGUAGGAAACAAGUGGAAGGGCUGGUCCAAGAAGUGGAGGCGCUGCAGGCCCUCUCAAAAGAGGGGCUGGCAGUGACAGGCAGAGGCCAGGAGGGUGCACACAGUCCUAUAACCCUGUGUCUGGGCUGGGGGGAGUGGCCAUCUGCCCAGCUGGAACCAGGUGAUGGCAGAAAAAUUGGGGAGCUGGCAGGAGAUGGGCCUGGCUCCCUGGCGUCAAAGGGGCCCUCCAAGAGCCUCAGCAAGAACCUUCAGGGAUUGCUCAACAUCCAGGAGGUGGCUUCUGUUCUCUCUGAGAGUUGGACACAUGUGCCAGAAGAACCAGUGCCUUCUGCCAGGGGCCCAGGGAGCUUUAGACAGCCCGAAGUCCAUGAGCUACUCUUGCUGAGCCCAGCCACCUGGGGAAGGGCAGAGGUUGAGAGGCCCCAGACUGUUCUGGAGGAACAGGCUGUGAGCCUGAGCAGGGAGCCGGUCUCCGUGGGGCAUCAGCAGGCAGAGACGGAGUGCGGCCUGGAGGCUGGGCUCCUCUACAGCAGGGAGGCCACGAGGAGGGGGCUCUCACCAUUCCAGCCCAGUAUUGCAGACCCAUGGGGGGCUGGGCAGGAACAGCUUGCCACCCUGGGUGAGACAGUGCUGGAGAGAUUGAAGAAUGACAUGAAAACCAAACUGCUGCAGCUGGAAGACGUCAUCUGGGCUCUCAAGAAAGAAGCGGAUUCAAGAGAGAAGGACAGAUUUGAAUUUCAUAGGCUUUCUGAAGAAAACUCUUUGUUGAAAAAUGAUCUGGGAAGGAUUCGACAAGAGCUGGAAGCUGCAGAAAGCACAGAUGAUGCACGGAGGAAGGAAAUUGAGGUUUUAAAGAGAGACAAGGAAAAGGCCUGCUUUGAAAUGGGAGAGUUCAACAUACAGAAUCAGAAAUAUAAGGAUGAAUUGUCCCAGCUUAACCACAGGGUCCUUCAGCUGGGAGGGGAAGCGUCUACCUACCAGGUUCAAAGUGAGAAGAAUCUCGCCACCAUUCAGCUGUUGGCGCAGAGGCUGGAGGGGACAGGGUGGCAGGGGGCGCAGCAGAGUGACCAAAUCCAGAAACUCGACGGUGACCUUGAAUGCAUGUAUCAGGAAUGUCAGAGCCUAAGACUGUCACAGUCAGAACUGAAAGAGACCCUUGAAGAAAGUCAAGCACAGUUGCGCAGAGCCACCCUGAGGCUGAGGCAGGCCCAGUCCCAGCACUCACAGGAGGUUCAGUACCUGCAGGAGCGGAUGGAACAGCUGGUGCCUUGGCAUCACAUGGCUGAGCUGCGGGAAGAGGCAGGGAGGCACCUGGAAGCACAGCAGGAAGAAUAUGAAAAACAGCUUAAAGGCACAGAAGAGCAGGUAGAAGAGUUGGAAAUGAUCUUGAAGAAUAUGGAAGUGCUCCUACAAGAAAAAGUGGAUGAGCUGAAAGAACAACUUGAAAAGAACACAAAAUCUGACUUACUGCUCAAGGAGCUCUUUGUGGAAAAUGCUCACCUAAUGAAAGCACUUCAGGUCACCGAAGAGAAGCAACGAGGUGCUGAGAAAAACAGCCGCAUCUUGGAAGAAAAAGUUCGAGCUCUCAACAAGCUAAUCAGUAAGAUUGCUUCAGCAUCCCUCUCUGUGUAA